AAAGGGCCAGAGUGGCUCGGUUUGGUGGUUGUGAUGGUUGUUGUUCUCACUGUGCUUGGCAGAGCACCGUACGGAUGUUCUGCAGUAGAGUAGAUAUGCCCCAGCAGAUAUUUCUGGGGCUUUGGACCCGAGUUGCACAGAGGUGAAAUAACGACCGCCUUAUAACCUACUCUAUGCCUCACUGUUUGAUAACGCCAAUAGUGCUUUCUGUGCUGAAGUGCUAAAAUCAGCACAGCACGACCUGUGGCAAUGCACCGUGUGAGCAUCCUUCCUUAGCAAGGUCUUCAGAACACACGUCUUGAGUUUGAACGGUAAGAAAUUCAGAGCUUGCCCUCAGAAAAGCAGUGCGUGUAUAGAUGCUCUUGGGUACAACACUGAGGCCAAUUUGUGCAAACUCAUUAAUAGAAGGAUUUUUGUUAUUUUUAAUGAUGCAUAAGUUGACAAAAUGAGGAGAAGUAAGGCUGCUCCUGAAGGAGGCCUGGUUCCACUUCAAAGCUUUCUCAGUUACCUGGUUUUGGAAUGCACACUCUGCUCUGCACUUACUAGGUGGUGUGAGUCCUGCUGGAAGUGGCGCAGAGCACUGUGAGCUGAGCUGGUGUAUAGAUCAUGUGUUUAUUAUGUUGCCACAUAGUGCAAUAUCAUCUUUCUUCUCUAGAUUCAGCAAAAGCGUGUCAAAAUGAUUCCAUUUACAUUAAUAUAUUGUGUGUGAGUUUUGAUAUUUUAGAUCCCAAAUUUAUGCAGAUAUGUAACUACUUUUUUUCACAGUGUUGACUGACAUUGAUUCAUAACCUAAUUAACCUUCAGAGUCAUACCCUCUAGAGGUGGUACCACUUGGUCAUUACUAGGAGUUAACGUGCAGCUAAUUACAAAUUUCUGCAUUUGCAGGAAGGGGAACUCCCAAUAAAAUACUUAGUCACAGCUACUAUAAGAGCUCUAAAGAUUUUGUGAAAGCUGAGCUGUCUGCCAAAUACAGAAAUGGUUUACAGCUCAAAGUGUGAGCGAUGUUUAAUGUUUUACAUAGGUAAAAUGAGAUGUAUCACCCUGACUCCAUGUGUUAACACCUCAGUAAGAACAGAACUGAUGCAGUCCAUUUUUUUUCCAAGCAUGAUGCUGCAUUUUCUUUCCAUCUGAAGCUUCAAAAUGCCUGCAAAUUUCUGUACUAGUAAAAUCUGUAAAAGUUGUAAGCUCCAUCCUGAAUUCAAGGUUAGCUCUACUUAGCAAAGUGUGGAUAUGUUAAAGUUCUGACAUACAUGAUUUCUUCUGCACAUACUACUCACAACAGGUAGUGAAUGGAAAACGAGAGGCUGUGGGCUGAGAGAAUGAAAAAAAAUCACUUUAUCUUGUUUUCCUUCCUUCUCAAAUCAGCAACAACUGUAGGCCACUGAAGUUUUUUUACUUUCUUAAUAACAACUUCAUCUGCAAUCCUCCACUUCCAACACCUUCUGAUGACUGAAAUUCGGGUUCUUUUGCCCUCACUCUUCUCACGGAGAUUUCUAGGAUUGUGUGACAGACUGCCUGUGCGUAGCUGUUGCGCAGGGGAAGAGCCAUAAAUAAAUAGCUAGCUUCCAGAAGCCUGCAGUAACCGGUCACAUCUGGGAGCGCAGUGUGUUCCCUGUGCAGAACCCGCUGACCGGAGCAGUGUGGGCUCUGCUGCCAACCCAAAGGCGUGGGCAGCCCAGCAGCACACAGCACAUCAGCCUGCAGUAGGACCAAGCUCUCCAGUUUGUGCCCACAAGAAAUGGCUGCACGGUGAGUGGUGGGGAAAAUGAUGAUGACUCAGACCAGAACUGGAAACCACCAGAAAAUGACCUGAUCCAGAAGUUGAUAGCACAAAUUGAAUAUUAUUUCUCAGAUGAGAACCUUGAGAAAGAUGCCUUCCUUCUGAAGCAUGUGAGAAGAAAUAAGAUGGGCUAUGUCAGUGUUAAACUCCUCACUUCUUUUAAGAAAGUGAAACACCUUACCCGUGACUGGAGAACCACAGCCCAUGCACUGAAGUACUCAGACAUGCUUGAGCUCAACGACGAUAACAGAAAGGUUAGAAGAAAUACACCAGUUCCAGUGUUUCCAAGUGAAAACCUCCCUACCAGGAUGUUACUCGUGUAUGAUAUCCACAUGAUUUCUGAACUGCAGGGUCUUAAUAAACAAGAAAAUGGAUGUAUACAAGAAAAAGUAAUGGAGUAUCUCCUCAAAGCUUUUGUAACUUUUGGUGUAAUUUCAUCAGUUCGUAUUCUCAAGCCUGGUAGGGAUCUGCCACCUGAUAUCAGGAGGUUCAGCAGUCGGUAUACACAAAUGGGAACACAAGAAUGUGCAAUUAUAGAGUUUGAAGAAGUAGAUGCUGCUGUAAAGGCUCAUGAAUUCAUGUGUGCUGAAAAGAAAGAGAUUGGCAUGAAAGUUGUCCUAAUUGGCAUGAAACCUCCAAAGAAAAAGGUUCCUAAAGACAAGAACCGUGAUGAAGAUAGCAAGAGUCUUAAAAAGGUUAGAUCCCUUAAUAAGAGAGUUGAGGAACUUCAGUUUACUGGUGAUGAAUCAUCAGCAAAUAGCUCUUCUGAGCCAGAGAGUAAUCCUACAUCACCUCUGUCAGGACGCAGAAGUACUGCAACAAGUACUACAAAUAAGUUGAGUCCCAUCAUUCACCCAAACAACCAUCUGAGCCCUAACGUAUCACCCAGAUCAAGUCCUUGGAACAGUCCGUCCUCUCUAAGAAAAGUGACCAAAAAGUCUCCACUGGCUGAAGAUGGCAAACUUAACCCAAGUACUAGUCCUGAAAUUCCAAGAAAAUGUACAGAUUAUUCUUCAGAUAGCAGUAUUACACCUUCUGGUAGUCCCUGGGUACAGAGAAGAAAAGCUCAAACUAUAACACAAGAGAAGAGUCCGGUCAGUAGCCCCAUGUUAGUUCGGAAAAUACAAAAUGCAGAUGGUCUACCUGUAGGGGUGCUGCGGCUGCCUAGAGGUCCUGAUGGCACUAAAGGAUUCCACAGUGGCUGUGAAAGAGGGAAAGCUAUGAAGAAUGAAUAUAUCCAGCUUUAAAAAAUAACUUCACAAGUCAGUCAAGUUCUUUUGUUCAAGCCUGGUGAAAGACUGUCACUUAAGUGACUGAAUUGAGUCAGUAUUUAAUUUUUAAACAUUUUAUAUUCAUAUGGAGACUUUAUCAUUUGUAUAUUUGUAUUUUCACUCCGUAGAAUCACAGAAUAGUUAAGAUUGGAAGGCAUUGCUGGAGAUGGUCCAGCGCACCUCUUCUGUUCAAACAGGGUCAGCUGCACCAGGUCACUGAGCACCGUGGUUGGGUUCUGAGCAUCUGCAAGCUCUCUGGGUAACCCAUUCCAGUGUUCAAACACCCACACAAUAAAAUAGAAAUUGUUUCCUUAUGUUCAUAAAGAAUUUCCUGCGUUCAGUUUGUGCCCCUUUUCUUUUUACUAGAUAAUACUGGGGAGAGCCUGGCUACAUCUUCAUUCCUUCCCCUUGGAUACUUAAAUGCAUUGAUGAGAUCUGCCUGAGCCUUUUCCAGUCUAAACAGCUUCAUCUCUUUCGUCCUCUCAUGUGAGAGAUGCUCCAGUACUUUAACCAUUUAUGCACUUACCUUCUGCAGUACUCUUCUCUGCAUUUGUUCUGUGUUCAUUUGAAAUGCCUGAAUACUGAAGCAGGCAAGUAAGAUCAUUAACACAAUUACGUUAUUUGCAAACCUGAAAAGCAGUGUCAGUGUUUACUGUUUAGCAGUUGUAUUACAAUAAGCUUGGUAUGAAUUCCUCCUAAAUCCUAACAAACAUAAGUUUUGAAGACUUUCUGGGUUUGUCUCUAACUCUGAGAAAUGUGCUACAGUCAGCAGUUGCUCUCUGCACACAUCUCCUAAGUCACUUGUUUAAUAGGACCAAAGUGCUUGUUUUCUUGUGAUGUGAAGACUGAGCAUUGAAGACUGUUUUAUAAGUUUUAUCUCAUGUAAUCAGAUGGAAAUAAACUAAAUAUUAACUCAGUCUAAAUCUAUUUCUUUCACUUCAAAAGUGAGAAAUUCUAGGAAUAUUUACUCAGAAUUUACAGUGCAUUCAGUAAAGUGCCCUCUCCCCCCUACUAUCAUUUCAGUGGUAACACUUCACACUGUAAAUAAUUGCAGUAACACACUGCCAGAGACUGAUUUACAGAAAUCCAUUAGCUCUGUGUAUCACUGUUCAGCCACUCAAAUGUAUUUUCCUAAUAUUUUCCUUUGACUUCACACAAAUGGAAUCCUCCAAGUUGACUCCUGACUUUGCUUACUGGCAGAAGCAUUGUAAAAUACACAUUAUUUGUUAUAAACAUAUAAUAUAUAUAUAUAUAUAUA